AUGGAUUGCAAACGGAUUUUGCGCUGCUCGACACUAGUCGUGCUAGUUUCAGUCACCCUAGUAUAUGCACAAAGCUCAGGUAAAGGUGCACACAAGCGGGAUCUGAACAAUCUGUACCAAGUGAUCUAUUACGGUGACUCGCAGGUCGAGGUCGGCAAACCGUUCUCGAUCUCGUGCAUCAUCAGCAUCGCCAAUCCGGUCGAGUGGCACAAGGACGGUGAACCGAUCCGGAAGCAUAGCAACAUCCGUCACGGCAAGGAUGAGCAUAGUUACAUCGAAAGUGAGAUGGGCAUCGCAGGAAAUCGGGACAAAAUAGAAGCAUCGAUCAGCGUACAACGGGCACUGCCGAAACAUCAGGGCAAGUACCAGUGCAACGCACUGUAUAAAAACUACCACCAGCUGUACGUCUACCGAAAUGGAACGCUACUGGGCCACAAUAGUGGUGCAUCUUCCGCUACAGGCACAGGAUCGUCACGUAAUGGUGAAAAGCAUCGUGAGGAUGUGCCGCUAAUGUUGAGCACGGUGAAGUCAACGCUCGUUGCUCCAUUAUUGGUAGAGCAUCACCAUUUUACAACGGCCGUAGCAUUAGCGCCUGGCCCUGCCAUUAUAGACGAAGAGUUCCCCGGUGGAUCCUCAGAGCGUGGACACGAACGGGACCGGGAGUCACAGAAAUCUUCCGCCCACAGUCCACACCAUCAUCGACAGCAGGCGGCCGUGGGCCAUCGGCACCAUACAGGUAGUACGGCGGAUAAGAAACUAACUCUGCAGCAGCAGCACACCACAGCCCCGGGCAAGGACGAUUCCAAGCGCUUCGUAAGUCAAAAGACCACGGUAGAGCAGGACUCUCUACUGCCGGACGAGGUACUUGAACAAACUGUGGAAGAUUUGGAAGAUUAUUCCCCGGUGAUGCAUACCGAUAAGUCUGCUCCUGUUGGUAAGCCGAAGCAUUCCACCACCGGUAGAAUGCAACCACCACCACCACUAAUGGAAACGGGUGACGAUGAGGACGAGGAACCGUUGCCCGAUGGAACACAGGACAUAAUUAAUCUCGAUACGUCAGCCGGGGCGGAAAACAUUGAGGACCUCGUUGAACCGGAUACCGAAAUUGUUAUCGAAAGCAAGGCGAUCUCGCUGGAGGACGAUAACAUCGAUAGGUUGAUCCAGAACAAGAGUGAUAUUAACGGCAUUAUUCUGGUGGACAGCUUGGAGGAGUUAACGCCGCACAAGAAGCCACCCAACGAGGACAGCACUGCCCUAAUACUAUCCCCCACGGACGGUACUGUGAUGAGAGUCGGCGGGAAUGUCUCCGCCAGUCACCAAGGGUUUCCAGUGGCCGCUAUCGGCAGCACCAUUGCAUCGAUGGCAGGUUCCACCGGGAUUCAACAGGCCGUACCAAAGGAGGAGAGCAUUAUCGUCCUCACUACCAACCCCAGCUCAUCUACCGUUGCACCACCACCGGUGGGAGUAGAUCAGGAUAGUACGGUCCACCAUCAUCAUCACCAUCAUCACGAACAUCACACUACCACAACCACAGCAAAAGUGACAACCACUCCAACAGCAGCUACUACUACUACUACUACCACCACCAUCACUACUACUUCUACCGCUAGCAUCACCACUAGAACAGCGACGGUGGCAACACCACUCACUACCACUGCUGCCGAUGUUCUGCUGCCUAACUAUGACCAUGCCAGCACUAGUUUAAAAAUAUUCGAUAUCGCAAAAUCAGUCACGCUCGGUUGUAACAUUACACAGGAAGGAAAUUUUGAUUUAAGUUGGGCAAAAGACGGUAAGAAUGUAAGUGAGGUCGAAUCGCUGAAAGAUCGCUUUAAGCUACUGCCGGCGGAGCGAAAGCUCAUCAUCAGUCGGGCAUUGGAAACCGAUGCCGGACAGUACACGUGUAGCGUACCACAAUUGGGUGUAUCUAAAAAUUUUAACGUAGUUGCUAAUGUUGUUGUUAAAUUUGAAAGCACAGAAAUAGGCAAAACUAACAUAGUGGAGGGAGAACGGUUGACGCUCCACUGUAUAGCUUUCGGAACGGAUCCUAAAAUUACUUGGAUAGUUGGCAACAAUACUUACAACGCGUCGUCAGAUCACAUCGUGCUGGAGACGGACGAAAGGGGCGUAGAGAACGCUAAGCUUAUCAUCGAUAGCAUAAAGCUAAACGACUAUGCAGAUUACACCUGUGAGGCGCGAAAUAAUGCCUCCGAUUUCACGGGCAAACCGGCACAGGUUAUGAUUACCGUUAGGGUUAGAGGAAAAUACGCCGCACUUUACGUUUUCUUGGGUAUUAUUGUGGAAGUUGUUUUACUGUGUGCGAUUAUUUUAAUAUGCGAAAAAAGACGUAACAAGACAGAGAUCGAGGAAAGUGAUACCGACCAGAGUCCCGACCAAAACAAGAACGGCUACCACGGUAAUGAAUCCGAGCUACGCCAAAGAAAGUAAAGCCUAGAGCAAAAAAGGUAGCCUGCGCGUGCGUGCGUGUACAUUUCGCGCAUGGUU